CCGAAAAAACGACCACAACUUUUCAGAAGUGGGAUCAGGCCUAGUCCGAAACUAUUACGCGAAGUGGCUGACCUGAAAAGUGCGGAAUAUUGUGUUUGUGAGUAUCGAGGCGUCGGGUAGGAAAAACCCGGAUUCGAGCGUCAAAACGAAUCCAUCAAGACCGAUCGAAAACCGCGUGUGCCGACCAGCGAAACGGGUGGCAUAGGUCUAGCCCCGUCCGGAGACAGCGAAGGUGAAUCCCGUAGUGAGCGAGCGAUAAUGCCACGGCGCAAGGGAAGCCGAAAAUCGGUAGGAGCAGACCAGGACAAGGAGGAGGACGACGAAAAUGAGGAAGAGGACGGCGAGGACGAGUUGCCUGCGGCCGGUGGUGAGCGAUAUUUCCACCCGGAGGAACUAAAGCAACUGAUUCCGCUGUUCAAGGAGGGAAGUGGAGUGUCGGAUUGGCUACAAACUAUCGAUCACUAUCGUGUGCUGUAUUCGUGGUCGUCGAAAACUACACUGUUGUAUGCAUCCUGUCGUCUUUCGGGAGCAGCAUACCAGUGGUAUCUCGGGGAGCGUCCGACUAUUCCUGCCUGGGACGAGUUCAAAGCGAAGAUUUGUGUGGCUUUUCCGGAGCACGAAGACGAAGCCGAUGUUCAUCGAAGUCUGGCGAAGUGCGUGAAGGAUGGAAAGGAGUCCUAUGACAACUACGUGUUUAGGAUGAAUGCCAUCGGGCAGAAGGGAAAGCUGAGCAACUCGGCGAUCAUCAAAUACGUCAUCAGCGGCCUGUCGUACGAUCCGCUGUAUGGAUGCAUCGCCACUCGGAAGUACGAAACCAUCUACGAACUUCUCGAGCACAUCCGAUACUGCGAGUCAAAUCAGGAGAUGUGCAAACGGCGAACGUACCUCCCGAAGGCAAACGCAAGCAGGCCGAAUGCAGGUGUUGGUGGCAGAAAGCAGCACGACGAGAACCGCCCAAACAACGACGGCGAGGGCCAACCGAAGCGGAGUCCGAAGGAUGAAUGUUUCAACUGCCACGGUUCCGGCCAUAUUUCGAUUAACUGCCCGCAGCCCCAACGUCGACCCCGGUGUCCGGUAUGCAAUAAGGUGGGCCACGGUGAGGAAACGUGUUUCAAGCGACGAGGUGAACCAACAGCAAGACCAAGCGGUGAUGCAGCUGGACCAAAGCCGGCAACGAGUGGCAACAGCCCGGCGUACCCGAUUGUAGCUGGAAGCAGCGACGAUAGCCCCGGAGCUGAUUCCGAAGAAGAGUUUGAAGACGUUGAGUACCUAGAAAGAUCAGAGUCAGAAGAAUAUGAGGAUGAAGAAUAUCUAGAGGAUGAGUAAGCGACCAGAAAUGUAAACAAAACAUGAACUGUAAACAAUAGCUGUAAGAGUAAACAAUGUAAUCUUGAAUUGAACGAGAAUGAGGGCGACUAUUUGGGCGAUCUGUUGAGGGCAACAGACAGGUCAGGAUGGACGAGCUGUAGUAGUUCCGAACCCCUUUUAUAGAUCAAACGAAACCCGUCAAACCCAUUGGGCUAAAUACAGCUGUCAAAAAUAAAACGCAGCGACCGUGCGUCAAACCGUUUCCGUUGUAGGUCCGCUGAGGCGGAAGUCAGGAGGAGAAAGCAGUGCCCGCAUCAUUCUCGAUACGUCCGUCGCCGAAUAAAGACGUGUGUUAAAAUCUUAAAUCAUCUUAGGGUGU